UCUAUCUUUCGUAGUUUCCCUUGCAUGCUGCAGUGAUUUGGUGUGGUGUAAAUAUAGAACAUUGCGAUUAUACGGUCAUUUUGGCCAAGAUAUUCCAGACGAAUAUCAUUCCGGUUAAAAUUAAUAAUUCAGAACAAUUUCAACUACACCAUCAAGAUCACGUUACAACGUACAUAUGUAUAUACAUAUUUCGCAAACAUUGCAAAAGCUAUUCGAACUGAGUGCAUAUACAGAUUCUGAUAAAUCAACACCAAUACUAAAUGUUUAAACAAUAUUUCGAAAAUAAGUGAGAAUAACCCCUAACAAUUGCUAAUUAAUGUUCGGGAUUGUAUGUAUCGUUUAUGCUUCUGUGCGAAUGAAACGUUCUCAAAAAUAAAAAAUAAAAAUUCUGUUCACAAAUAAAAAACACGACUAGGUUAAAUUAUUAAAUAACCGAAUAAAUCUAACUUAAAAAUUGCAAAAAAUAAUAACAACAACAACAAAAUAAAAGUAAUUGUAAAUCGGAUGUUUAUGUUCAUACGAUUUCGGGAGUGUUAAGCAAAUUUUCAAAUAAAUAUAAUACAUUUUGUUAUUACUGGUUACAACGUUUAAUUUGACAAGAAAAUGUGUUUUUUUUUUUUUGAAAUGCUACUUUUAAUAGAUAAAAAUCGAUUUAUAUUCCUAUAGUGGUAAAAUAAUUUACCAAUUUCUACUCUGAAAAAACUUAAUAUAAAAAAAUUCUAUUAAAUUCAAUAGCGCAUGCUUAUACUGUUACUGAUCCGACCCGGAAAUUUUCAAUAUUUGAAUAAUCAGAGAAUGUGGAUUUAUUGAAUAAAGCAAUGUUGUAAACUCUGCCUGGUGACAAUAAAUGCAAAUGCUCCACCACAGUCCACAAUAUAAAAUAUGUCAAACUAACAAAUGCUCAAUUGUAAUUUUUUUGUCAUUAACAAUUUUUCAGUUCAAUAAUAUUUGAGUGAAGAUUUGAUUUCGUCACUACAAAAAACAUGCGGUUAAAAAUAAACUAAACUAAUUUUUUACAUCAUCGAUAUACCAAAUCAAUAUCAACGGCAGCAAAUUCUUUUGAUCCGGCGGAGAUUAUAAUAAGAUAUCAAUUUCGAACAAAAAAAAAAAAAAACAACAAAACAACGAUGUAAUUUGGCAUAUCGCAGACCAAUGUAACUGUAGUCGACAAAUUAAAAGUCGUUUACACAUUUCAUUUUGUUAGAGAAGGGAUUGAAUCAAUAACAAACGGGUAACACGCUCAUAGCAAUUCGCAAACAAAGUGCAGUAUACGCAAUUGAGUUCAUCGAAUAUUGAAUAUCACCGACAACCGUUUAAUAAGUAUAACGCAUUGAACAACAACAAUAAAAUAAUAUUAAUUUUAUAUUGCAUAAGAAUUCGCGUGCCCUGGCAUGUGAGAAAGUGCGUGCGCGUGCGUGUGGCGGCAAACACAUAGCGUACAAACGUAACUCAUCAUUGUUACACGCCGUCAAUAUCAAUAUCCCUGGAGUUUUUUUUAGUCGUUGUAAUUGAAAUUUUUUUUAACUUCACGUCUAUAAGUUAAAUUCACAAUUUUCGUUAAACUUCAAUAAGCACUUUCUUACACUAACCAAGUACUUGGUUUUGUGAUUAUUUUGCAAAUAUUUGCAAAACCAUUCAUUUCUGCUGCACCAAUCCACAUUUCAGUUUGCUGGCUGCUAAGGCGAUAAGAAACGCAAAAUUGCGACCACAGCAAUAGAAAUGCAAAGACGAGAAAAUCGUGAAAGGCAGAGCUCGAUUAAAAGCUAAGGACGCGGUUUUAUUGGAAAGCGCUUGUUUCAGUUGAUGGUGGUGGAACACAGGCUGCUGGAACAUCAGGUACCGGUGGUGGUGGCGGCGGCGGAGGUGGUGGAGGCGGCGGAACGCGUAACACAACCAGCUCUGGCAACAUGUAUGCCACCCGCCAAGCUGUAGGCGCCUCCACGGGGGUACUUAUGGUCGGACCAAAUUUUCGUGUUGGUAAAAAAAUUGGCUGUGGUAAUUUCGGAGAACUGCGUUUAGGCAAAAAUCUGUACAACAAUGAACACGUAGCAAUAAAAAUGGAGCCUAUGAAGUCAAAGGCUCCACAACUACAUUUAGAGUAUAGGUUUUAUAAACUAUUAGGAUCACAUGAUAAUUGUCCAGAGGGUAUACCGCGUGUGUAUUAUCUGGGCACAUGUGGUGGCCGUUAUAAUGCCAUGGUAUUAGAGUUAUUGGGACUGUCCUUAGAAGAUCUCUUCAAUAUUUGUUCCCGUAAAUUUUCUCUUAAGACUGUACUGAUGAUAUCUAAGCAACUUCUCCACCGGAUCGAAUAUGUUCAUAGUCGGCACUUAAUAUAUAGGGAUGUGAAACCGGAGAAUUUUCUCAUCGGCAGAACAUCAACGAGACGGGAAAAAAUUAUACACAUAAUUGAUUUCGGUUUGGCCAAAGAAUACAUUGAUUUAGAUACAAAUAGGCAUAUACCAUAUCGGGAGCAUAAAUCUCUCACCGGCACCGCACGUUAUAUGUCAAUAAAUACACAUAUGGGCAGAGAGCAAUCAAGGCGCGAUGAUUUAGAAGCAUUAGGACACAUGUUCAUGUAUUUCUUAAGAGGUUCACUGCCGUGGCAAGGCCUUAAGGCUGAUACACUUAAAGAACGAUAUCAAAAAAUUGGUGAUACAAAACGUGCAACACCCAUUGAGGUGCUUUGCGAUGGACACCCCGAAGAAUUUGCUACAUAUUUACGUUAUGUGCGGCGAUUAGAUUUUUUUGAAACGCCCGAUUAUGAGUUUCUGCGAAGACUGUUUCAAGACUUAUUCGAUCGUAAAGGCUAUGUGGAUGAUGGAGAAUUCGACUGGACAGGGAAGACAAUGACUAAGGAGCAACUUGAACAAAUGAAGGUUAUCAAGAAUGCGCCACCGUCACAUUUAGCCAAAAAUAAAUCAGACAAGUCAACGCCCGUCGGAUCUCUGCAAACUGGCCAUGAAGUCAUCAUUUCACCAAAUAAAGAUCGUCAUAAUGUAACGGCUAAGGAUAUUUCAUAUUUUGAUUAUGAGGAAGACGAUGAUGAUGGUGAUGAGGAAUAUUUGAUACUCGAGACAAAUGCCAAAGGAGGUGUUGCUGCGUGGCCGGAUGUGCCAAAACCAGGCGCCACACUCGGCAAUCUAACACCGGCCGAUCGGCAUGGCUCCGUGCAGGUUGUGAGUUCCACAAAUGGCGAAUUGAAUGCGGACGAUCCCACAGCUGGCCACUCAAAUACUCCUAUAACGCAACAGCCCGAAGUGGAGCUUGUCGAUGAAACGAAUUCAUUCCUGUGUUGUCUUUGCAGAUGUUGUUGUUUCUUUAAACGAAAGAAGAAGAAAUCAUCACGUCAAAAAUGACUAGACGGUGUCCAAUGUAGUCCAGAACGCGAAGCGGUCACACUGCUACGCGCCACUUCACAUUCAAAUUCACGGGAUAGCGUAUUGAAUAAUCCAAGUCAGGAUUAUAUACAACAGGCAACGUCACAGCAUACGUUGCGUUAUCCUCCAUCCGCGUCGAUGUUGACGCCAACACCAACUACAAACACACCGACACUUCCGUUGUAAUUUAUAAUAUACAUACACGCAUACAUGCAUACAUACAUAGAAACAUAACGCAACAUAACAUACAUACAUACAUACAACAUUUACCAUUUAUUUAGUUUAAAUGAAAAGAAAAUGCUAAAAAACGCAAAAAAUGUGAAAAAAACAAUAUAAAAAUCUGCAGAAAAUUUCCAAAAAUAUAGUAAAAAGAUUAUGAAAAACGGAUGUAAGGUCCACACAAAAAAACAAUAUGUAUGUAUUUUCAAAACCACACAAACUUCAUUUCAAGCAUUAACGGAAAAGCGUAAAUUGUAAAGGAAAAAUAUAAAAAAACAACAACAAAUUGGCUGACAGUAGGCAGCAGUAAUAUGUCGUUAAGCAAGUUAAGUAAGCAAUAUAAAUCGCGCGCACACAGUUUUGAAAAAAAAGAAACAAAUAAAGUAUAAAUUUCGUUUGGCACGAAGCUCGUGGCGGAGUUGGUUGGGGGUAAGGCUGACCCAAAGGUUACGUAGUUGUACGCAUGCUCCAACACAGUGACAAGUGCAACAGUUAAUCUUUGCUUUGGAAUUUUAUGUCUUAAAAGCGGCAAUGUUGUGUGUAGCAUACUUUCAGGCGCGCUAGCGAUUUCUGAAGUAAUUUGUAAUAAUUUGUUGUGGGCGUUAGCUGGAAAAAUUGGGUGCACACACAGUUCGGGCGACCAUACUCUGUUUCGCUCUUCAAAAAUUUUUGCAAAAAGCAGGUUUUUGAAGAAAACCGGAAAAAAUUUAUGUAAAAUUCGUUUGUAUCGAAAUGUUGCGGGCGUGGGCGUUAAGCUGGCCCACAGAUUUUGUAGCACAAGUACAACAGUUGAUCUUUGCUUUGGAAUUUCGUUUCAAAAAAGCGGCAAUACUGUACGUGUAGCAUACUUUUAGGCGCGUUAGCGAUUUUUUGAAGUAAUUUCUAAUAAAUUGUUAUUAAAAACAAAAUUAAAAUUGAUUUCAAGUGCAUAAAUAACCAUUUCAUGCAAAUAAUACAUUUUUUGAAGCAACGCCAAUUGAAAUAAUUACUGCUUUAAAGCAACUUUUAUCUAAAAUGUGAAAGCUUCAACAAAUUUUAAUUUAAAAAAAUUGCAAAAAAUCCAAUUCAAAAUAAUAUACACAGCAAGAAUUUUGAAAAAGACAGCGUCAGUCUGCUGCCAGCAACAAUUUUUCGUGCGCCUAAUAAAGCGCGUGUCCAACUGUUGGCGCUUUACGCCGCACUUCCUCCAAAAAGACUUGCAACUCUAAGCAACUGACGGUAUGUUUGCGCUUUCCCUACCCAAAGUAAUGGCCGCUAAAAUUUCUUUCGCGCAUUACCGCUCAAUUUUCCACUAAAUUAUACAGUUAUACUCCCCCCUCAACGCUCAACCAGCCACCUUCACGCCUCCAAUGCCUUCAACCUGCCAAUCAACACAACAAAACCAGCAAAUACUGUGUCUGCAAGAGCAAGUAAUUAGCAGUUAUGUAUGAAUUGUGUUUGAACAAAAAAAAAAAAAUAGAAAAAAUGGCAAAUAUUUCGAAACGUGAGCGCGCCUGUCGUGCUUUCGGUUCCACACAAGAGUAAGGCUUCUUUUCGUUUGCGCUACUGACAGACAUUGUAUGCAUAAUUUAAGAGGAAAGAAAAAAAAAAAUUAAACGAUAAACAAAAACAACAAACGAAAGCUUAAGCAAGCAGAAAGCAAAACCAAUUGUAUUUGCAGAUUUUUCUUUAAAUAUACAUGCAUACCUACAUAUAUAUACUAUUUUUUGUUUAUUUAAUUUAAAGCAAAACGUUUCUUACCUAAAUACUAUUAUUAUUAAUUAAUUAAUUAAUGUUUAUAAUUAUAUUGAUAAUUUAUAAUUAUAAUUGAUUAUAAUUAUUAUAAUAAUUUUUUUUUUAAUUUUAAAUAAUAUUUACGUUAUUGUGUUAAUUUAUAAUUGUAUAAUUUAAAUUAUAUCACAAUGAAAGCAGUAAAUUUAAAAACAAAAAUAAUUCAAAAUAUACACACAUCUAUACAUACACACAACCAUAUACAUACAUUAAAAGAAAGAAAGCGAAAAUUUACAAAAAUGUGUCUAAUUUUUCAUUUGAUUUGCUGCAACAAAUAUUUGCUUGCAAUACAAACAGCAGCCGAGCGCCGAUUUUUGCUAAAAUUCUUUUUGUUAAAUAAAUGAAAAGUCGUAAAAGAGUUGUUGCGGCGCAAAAUAGUUUUUAAACAAGAGUACGCUUUCAUUAUUUUAAAGUAAAAAUGCUAAAAAAAAAACAUGCGACAACAAUUUUCACAGCUUGACUCCUGAAAAUAUGCAACAUAUCGUCAGCUAAAAUGCUAAACAAAAAAUGCAAAAAAAUCAAAAUUAAGUUUGUUAUUGCUUACGUCAUAUUUUCAGCUAUCGCUGUCAUAUAUAACCAAAAUAUAACCAAUAUAUAACCGGUAUAUAACCAUUUUAUAACCAAAACUCAAAUUUUGUUCCAAUAUGAGUUCUACUUAUAUCGUUUUUCUUUCGCCUGUUAACUAAUGAAAAGUGAUGUUACGUUAUUUUGAAUCUUAGCUGACAAUAUUUUGCAUACUGCUGUUUAGCUGCAGCCAUUAGCCACUUCCAUUAUUUCCAAACCUUGUAUGGGUGCCUUAAAAACAGCAUGAAUUUUUAUGAAAAUAAUUUCGUGAUCAACAAAUAAUUUCGUUUCAUGUUGUUGUUGUUGUAAAGGCAGAAUUCUGUCGCGUUAAUAUUUCUUGAACGGAUAAAAAUCCGUGUCCAUUCCGGUUACGUACACCCGACUGUCGUUCGAACGGUUGAUGUGAUGUUCGUUUCAUCACAGGCAGCGGCGUUGGAGCUCCUUGUAGCCAAGGUUGCCACCGCAUCUAUAGUGUUUUGUAUAUAAACAAGUACGCUCACGUUGCAUAGUGUUGAAGCACAUUUUUAAUAACAAUUCACAACUGGAAAUGUUAGUUUAACAACCAACAACGACAACAACAGCAAAACAAUGUUUAACCAGUGCUGUAAGCAGUUGCCACAUUUUUGUUAUGACUUUUAAGUUACUAUACCCGUUAGCUCCUCUUCAUUGUGCUGCGCAGUUGGGUUAUUUAUCUUAUAUUACAUUUUUUUUCAUCAUGACUGUGUUAAGUUUUAGGAAUGUUUCGUUGUUUUUUCCAAAAUACAAUUAAGGCUGUGCGAUUUAGCGUUUAAAAAAUUGCUGCUAACCGUCUUUUUUAUUUGCUGUACGUUGAGAAAAUUGUGGUGUUCAGUCAUUCAUUUUUCUAACCUCAAUUUUUCGCUAAUAUGUAAAGUAAAUAUUGCUAAAUGAAAAAAAAAAACAUGACGUUACAAAAAAAAUUUAAUAAUUACAGAAAGAACAGCUUAAAAAUAAAAAAUAGAAAUUUAAUUUAUUAAAUUGAGCAAAUUCUACAUGUUGUGGAAAUAUUUUUUUUUUUAAUUCAGAAUUUUUUUUAAUUGUAUAAUUUUCUUUAUUUUAGAUUUUUUUUUAAUUUUUUUUUAAUUUUAGAUUUUUUUUUAAUUUUAGAUUUUUUUUAAUUGUUUUUUUUUUAAAUUGUAGUUUUUUUUAUUUCAAUUUUACUUUACUAUUUCUUUGUUUUUCUUUGCUAAGGAAAUGAAAAUUUAAAUGUAUAGUAUUUUUAGUAUCCAAAAAACGAUUCGCCUAAAAUAUUUUUUGUAUUAAUAGUAAGCAAUUAAACACGUGUAAACUACGCUGAUUAUGCUAUAAAUUACUAAUUUUUUUUAAGUAAAAUAUUUUAUUGCAUAAAUUGUAAAUUUAGACAAAAUUUUUGAAAAUUUAUUUUUUAAUUACAUUUAAACAUUGUUAUGAAAAUGCGUUUACACAACUAGUUUCUUAGUAAAAUGGCUUAAUUAUGCAAAUUAUGUGGAUUUCGAACUUAACUAGACCAAAUAUUAAAAGCAAAAAUCACAUAAAACAAAAUUAUUGCAACUAAAAUGACUUAAAUUGUAAAUUAGGCUAAGUUCUGCUACUCAUUACUCAUUUAAAAGCAUUUGUGAAAAGAUCUAAAAUAUGUCUCGUGGGUGAGGAGUUGAAGGUUGGAAUCCAAAAAUGCCGAUAUUACAAAAAUGCUGCAGUUUUUUUUGUUGGCUUUUUGCAUGAGACAAUUAUAAAUAACUUAUAAACGUAUUUUAUAUAUAAUUUUUUUAAAUAGUAAAAUAAUUGGCUGCUAAUUAAAUAAGUUGUAAACAUAAAUUGUAUUAAUUAAUAAAUCAGCAACAAAAUCUUUAAA